AUGACAAUCGAGUGUGGUGGACGAGUCAACGCUCGACACACGCCAUCUCAUAUUAUCUCCAGCGGCGUGUGCACAAUAAACAGUGCUGUGGCGCGCCGCCUCUAUGCCGCAUCGACGAAGAUUCGACAUACACCGGGACGUCGCCAGGUCACUGCUGAAGAGAAGCGGUCUGCGAGGAGUGAGGUAACCUGGCCGGAGAUCAGCUCAACGGGCUUCAAGACAAUACACCAAAAUGUGUUCCGCAACAGAGUACCAAAUUCUCUAACAACUUAUACAACGAAUAAUUGUGACAACGUGGCGGGGACGCAUGCGCCGUCGUUGCCGGCGCUGGCGAUGCCAUUUAUUGAAGACGAGUGGUGGACAGCGGAAAAUGAGGGAAGAAUGGUUGAUCUCUCCAAUUGCCUGCAGGACGCGGUAGCUAACGGGCAAACGACAGCGCAGAUGCAAAUACAAAUGGCGACAUCUCUCGGGGAGUUGUCACAAGCGGAGCUGUCGAACUUCGUCGGUGGUUUAACACUAGAGGCUGAUUCCUCAGAGGCGGCAGACCCAGACGAUAUCCUCAAACAGUUGGGAGAAACUGCAUUUGAUAAUUUUGAUACUUUUUUUACCGACUUAACAAAUGCUACCGCCUCCGCUGUUCCACCUAUAGAGAUUAAGCAAGAAGAAAACAAUAACAUAUCGCCAGCGUCCGGGAGCCAGUUACAAGGCUCGUAUUACCAACAAAACAACCAACUCCUCUUGCCAAAUAAUGGACAGCAGAGGCUACAACAACUGUUAAGAUCGGGCACAAGUGCCAUUAACAGCGCUGUGACGAAUACCAUCAACAACGGAAGAUAUAAUAUUGCAUCCGCAAAUCCUUUACUUGCGGAAAAGCUAGCAGCGACAUCUAGCGGCAUAAAGCAAGAACCGGGAACUGUGGGCUCAGAGUACAAUGGGACGAGUAUGAACUAUGGAAGUGCAUCACCAAUGCAGCGGGUGCCGAGUGGAAAGCCGCAGGUGCAUGAUGCUGGUGGAGGUAAAGGUUGUGGUACCAAACACCAAUCCUCUUUAAAAUCAGAACACUGGCAAAUACUGCCAUCUAGUGUCAACUAA